AUGUCUACUCUCGAGAUCAUUGCUCUUCCUCACUUGCCGCAGCACUACCUCUGCGUCGGGCUGUUCAAGAAUGUGAAGAAUGCUGCUUUCCUCCGCCAGCAGCUUCUGGCUGGCAACGCCGACUUUGAAUAUGCUUUUCUGGAUGCUUCUGUUGUAUGUCGCUCUUUCUUCAGCAUAAAGUACCCUUCUAAUUAUGGUAGGNUCAUCUCUCGUAUGCAGUUCCUCGCUGCUUCAUUCAGAGGCAUCAACGAUUUCGCAAGCAGUCGCAUGAAGAGUCACAACGUUCAUUCUGAAAUUGUCUUUUCUNUUUCACCCAAUAACAACAUUGCUGAAUCGUUCCGCCGUUUCGGUAUUUCUGACACAACUCAACAUGUCCUGGCCAUCAAAGUCCUGUCUUCAGGAAUGACAGCUGAAUCUGUCAGCCAGCAUCUCCUGCAGAACGUUGAAGGCGAGCCAGUAGAUGCAUCGGAUGCGAACUUUGCAGAGAUCGUUGAUCAAGCACGCCUCCGCAAAAUCUACAAGCUCAAUGUUCAGACAAAGAAGGGUGCUGCCAAUGGCGCUGCCUCUAAGGAGUCCGAAAUCAAAGAGCUCGAGACAUCUAUCCUCGGAGUCAUGGCUCUCAAAGGUUCAUGA